UUCCGGGUCAAAUGAGGAAAGUAUGACAGUUCAAUUCAUUCUUAGCUUAGUCUCUUAAAAACGUAAUCUGCCUAUGGUCUGUUUCUUGGUUGUGUACUCCGUUUUGACAGCUAGUUUUAUCACAACUCAUCAAAAGCCAGGUCACCUGUUCCAGCAGGUCAGUAAAUGAGAUGGCAGCUAAUGGAGCUGGUUGCGAACAACCACAGAAGCGAGUAGGAGGCAAACAGAAGCACAAUGGAAAUUUCACAGACUCAUCAGUUAGCGAGAGGAGACACAAGGACAGAGAGGAGCGCCUGUCCCUGGUGCUUUGGAGGAGACCAGUGGUCACACUGAACUACUUCCUACUGGAAACCCUCAUCACACUGAAGGAGUGGACGUUAAAGUUAUGGCGGCGAAAGGGGUCAGUGUUCCUUUUCCUGGUGUUGUGUUCGCUGUUCUCAGUGGCGUACUCCAUAGAGGGAGCUCAUCAGAAGCACGUGCAGCACCUGGAGAAGAGGUUCCUGUGGUGUGCCUACUGGGUGGGUCUGGGCAUCCUGUCCUCCGUGGGCCUGGGCACCGGCCUGCACACCUUCCUGCUCUACCUGGGUCCUCACAUAGCAUCGGUCACCCUGGCGGCGUACGAGUGUGGUUCCACAGACUUCCCGGAGCCCCCCUACCCAGACCAGAUCAUCUGUCCCCAGGAGGGGGGUGUGGAGGGCAGCAUCUCCCUCUGGUCCAUCAUCUCCAAGGUCCGCCUGGAGGCCUGCAUGUGGGGAGCAGGCACGGCCAUCGGGGAGCUGCCCCCCUACUUCAUGGCCAGGGCGGCAAGGCUGUCAGGGGCGGACCCGGACGAUGAAGACUACGAGGAGUUUGAGGAGAUGCUGGAGCAGGCAGAGAGAGCUCAGGACGUUGUCACCAGAGCCAAACUGGGUGUCCAGAACAUGGUGCAGAAAGUAGGAUUCUUCGGUAUCCUUGCCUGCGCUUCAAUCCCCAACCCUCUGUUUGAUCUGGCGGGUAUCACAUGUGGGCACUUCCUGGUUCCCUUCUGGACCUUCUUUGGAGCCACACUGAUUGGCAAAGCCAUCGUCAAGAUGCACAUACAGAAACUGUUUGUUAUCAUAACGUUCAGCAAGCACAUAGUGGAGCAGAUGGUGUCUCUGAUUGGGUCUGUGCCCAGGGUGGGUCCGGCUCUACAGAAGCCCUUCAGUGAGUACCUGGAGGCUCAGAGGAGCAAGCUACACCACCAGGCUGGAGAAGGCACACCCGCGGGUGAAAACUGGCUGUCGUGGGUGUUUGAGAAGGUGGUGCUGGUGAUGGUGUGCUAUUUCGUCUGCUCCAUCAUCAACUCCAUGGCACAGAGCUAUGCCAAGAGGCUGCAGCAGCAAAGGUACUCUGAGGAGAAAACCAAGUGAUAAGACUGGACAACUGUCUGUACUGCUGGGGGGCUGGCCCUGGGUCUGGGUCCAGCCCUGGCCCUGGGUCGGUUCCUGGUCCUGCUCAACCCAGCCCACACAAAACUAAAAACCUCACCCCUUUUCAUCCUGAAAGGAGCCAUAUGUGCGGAACCAGCACGGAGUGCGUUCUCUGGAGGAUGUGCGUUUGUCCUUACACAUCUUUUGUUGUUUUCUUCCCUCAUCUGUGUGUACUAGUGUGCUUGGUUAAUCGGUUGAUCAAUGGUGGCGUGUGUAAGUCUUACUAGGAUAUUAAUUUAAUUAACCCUUUCAGUAACUAGAAAGUUCCAGUCGCAGCUGGAUGUCAACAGAAUUUAGUUUGCAUCCUGUCGUCGGUUAUAUAGAGACUGCAAGGCCUUAUGCAACGGGAGGGGGUCCUUCUACCAUUGAACACAGUUCUUAACCGCUCAACUUGACUUUUAUUUAAUUUUGUUACGGUAUAGUUGGAUUUUGGGUCAUACCUAUGUGUGGACUGGAUUUGUAUGUUGGUGAGAAAGUCUUCAGGGUUACAUUUUCCUCAUUCUGUUCUGUCUUGUUGUUCAGUUAUGGAUCAUCUGUCAUUUUAGUUUUGAGGAUUUGUCAAGGAGAAUAGCAAUAUCAAGUUAGAUCAACGUGGUGUUGGUGGUUUUUGCACAUCCUGUAAAUAUAUUUUUUUGACAGUAUACACAUGUAUAUGUAAAUGGUCUGGAGAAUAUCUUACCUUGAACCAAAACAGUACAGAAAAAUAGGAAAAGAAAAUAUCAUUUGUAACUUUCAGUCGGCUAACUUGUAAUUUUAUUCUGUACAUCUAGACUGCAUCUUUAAUCAAAACGGAUAUAAACUGCCUAAAUCAUU